ACUGCGACCCGGACGCUUUAAAGUGAAACACAGCGGGACUCGGAAGAAUGUGGCUCCAGCCGGUGUUGAUGACUCUUCUCCGAUUUUACUUGUGCGGCGUUAAAGUUCUUCUUUAUCAGCUGUUCAACCGAUCUUUUACGUUACCAGUCUUACCCAAGCAAAAUGGAAGGGUUGCCAUUGUGACGGGGGGUACCAGAGGAAUGGGUUUAGAGACAGCAAAACAUCUGGCAAGCCUAGGCAUGCAUGUUGUCAUAGCUGGAAAUGAGAGAGAAGAGGGCGCAGCCGCUGCCAGGAAGAUUAAUGAGGAAGGCUGCGAAGGAAAAGCUGAGUUUGUCUUUAUGGACCUGACCUCACUGAAAUCAGUGCGGCAGUUUGUUCAGGGUUUCAGAGACAGAGGUCUACCACUCCAUGUUCUGGUUAACAAUGCUGGGACUAUGCUGGUUUCUGAGAGUAAUACAAAGGACGGCUUUGAGUUCCACUUUGGUCUCAACUACUUGGGCCACUUCCUGCUGACCAACCUGCUGUUGGAUCUGCUGAAGACGUCAGGACGACAGGGCCGCUGCUCCAGAGUCAUCAACAUGUCCUCUGCUACGCACUUUUCCGGAGUUGUGGACAUGGAGGACUUAAACCGGAGGAUCUGCUACAGUUCCCAUGGUGCCUAUUCUCAAAGCAAAUUGGCUCUGGUCCUCUUCACCUACUACCUGCAGGAGCAGCUGUCAGCUGCCGGCUUUCCGGUUAUUGUCAAUGCUGUGGACCCUGGUAUGGUGGACACAGCCUUGUAUGACAACCUGUAUAGCCUUGCAAAGAUGCUGAAGAAACCAGUGGCCAAGAUUCUGUUCAGGACUCCAGCAGAGGGAGCAUCUGUGGUCAUCUACGCUGCUGCUGCCUCUGAAAUGGAGGGAGUGGGGGGCUGUUACCUGUACAAUGGCAAGAAGACUCAGUCCUCUGACCUUUCCUUCGACUCUGAGCUUCAAGAAGAGCUGUGGAAGAAGAGCUGUGAGCUCGUGGGCCUUCAGGAGGCCUGACACACACUGCUGUGUCUUCGGAGGUCAUUUGAGAGAGGCUAUCUUGAGCAACUAUAGACUAUCCGCAUCUGCUUACAUUGUUAAUUUUUCAUAUUUAGUUGAGUAAAUAAAGUUGCCGCUGUCCCUGUAGCAAAGUAGCAAAAGCCAAAAUACCUUAAAGAAAAUUAUAAAUAUUUUGGACAAUUUCCCAUGUCUGAUCUGAUAAAUAUGCCAAAAAUAAUCCACGCUAACACUUCACAUGUUGUUCCCACACACUGUUUACACUGUGAUAGCUCUGCUACCCACAUUUUAACCAUAUUUGAUCCUAUACCUAACCUGAGUGUAAACAAGACCAUAUCUUAAAAAUAAAGGGAUACGUUGUCCCAACCUAACAAAUGCAAAACUAUUAAGCAUAACAAUUGAAAGCACUAUUAGGCCCUAAGCGGGGAACAAGGAUACUUUCAAUCUGUCCUCUAAAAUGUUGCUUGGCUCUGUAGGUUUUCUUUAUCUUGAACAUCAGUCAUAGAGUCAUGAAUGUGACUCAACAAGUUACACUCGUGACGAAACACAAGUGCCACAUUUACCUGUUGUGACACUAUAUCGGACUUUGAUAUGGGUUUCAUGCCAAACUUUUUCUAGAAGAGCUGCUUAUGUUAAAUAAUCACACAGCCCGAGCACUCGAGGAACAUAAAUGCUUUAGCAGUGUCUGUGAACAACUCUAUUUUUUUAGAAAUAUUCUGUCUUAAAGAAUGUUUAAACAUUUUUGUGUGCAUUCAUACAAUUAUAUUAAGUAGCAUAUUAGAUAUCAAAGAGACCAAUAUUUAAUCGAUACUUCCUUGGAACCCUUCCCCGCCUUUUCUUGGACUUUCACGACGUUUUUGUGCCUUAACCACUCAACAUGAAGUACUUAUCAUAACAUCUAAUCAAGUUUGGAUGUGUAUUGUCUGUACAGUGUAAUUUUAACUAUAUUUAAUAUAUGUGAAUCUUUGGGUGCUGGAAUUUAUGAGUUACAAUGAAAAGAUUUAUGUCUAUUUUAAAUGAUCAGGAGCUGGACCUCUCUUAGUACAACUACUGCAAGCUGGCAUAUUGUGUUUUAUUACAUGUAGUUUUGAUAUUUGAAUGAACAUAUCUGCUAAGAUGCAAAACAAGGUUAUAGAUCAAUUGUGAUUUGUUUGAUUAAACAUGACAGUAUUGUGAUGGAAAUUCGACCUGUCGAGACUUCUGAAAUAAAGAGAUUCGAGAAUCGUA